AUGGCGAUUCAAUGGAACACGGCCACCGAAGACGAAAUCAUCCAGCAUUGCUUGCGUUCCAACCCGGACCGCGACGUCGUCAGCGAACUAGACGGAGGACUCUCAGUCGUCAGGAUUUCAGAAGACGCAGUUGUCAAGUGCGGAUUCGGCGUCAGCCAGUUCGAGGCCGCAAACCAACAGCGAGCAUACGAGAUUCUUGAUCCGGCAAUCAUACGAGUCCCCCGAGUCUAUCGCUUUUUCGUUAGGGACCUCAAUGGCUAUCUCAUCAUGGAGUACAUCGACGGCCAGCCCGUCUCCUCCACGAUGGAUCCUGACGCCUACUUGCAGCCAAUGGCAAAGGUCCUCAAGAUUUUCGAACAGGUGCAACGAGCCAAGCCGGGGCCUUUUCACAAGAGCGUCGCUUUCGGCCAGCUGUGGCUGGACUACGAUCCCAUCGCUCCCGCUGCCGUAUCAGACAUCGAGGAGUACUACAACAAGCGACAGUUGAAGAAUUCAACCCAUCUCAACCUAGCCGGCUAUCCGCUAAUCUUCUGCCAUCUCGAUAUUGCUCCUCGAAACAUCCUUGUCUUGGGAGAUGGCUCUCUUUGCCUCAUCGACUGGAACUCCGCUGGCUUUUACCCGAGACUGUUCGAACGGACCGCGUUAGCAAUCAAUGUACGAGCAGAGAAUGACUGGAACACCAAACUCCUGGCGCUGUUAGAUGGGCUCGAUGAGGGUGAGAAAUCUCAGGCUCAGCUACUGGAGCGAGCUUACUAUCUUGGGCAGAGAUACAUAUACCGAACGCAAAAAUUCAAGCCUCAACUACCGCCCGGAAUGGUGCCCCCAAAGAAGGGCAAAAGAGCGACUGCCUCCGGGAAGAGGAAAACGAAAAGUAAGCAAGAGACGAGCGCGGAAAAGAAAUAA